CCCCGUCCCGUCCCGUCCCGUCGCGCCUCGCCCCGCCCCGCGGCCGGUCCCUCCCGCCGCGGCCGCGGCCCCUCCGGAGCGCGGCGGGCGCGGGGCAGCGGCGGGCGGCGGCGGCCGGGCCGGGCCAUGGCCCCGCACCAGCCCAGCGCCGGGCAGUACCUGCGCUCCGACAGCGGCGGCUCGGCGGCCCGCAUGCUGGCGGCCGGCACCGGCGGCGGCGGCCCGCGGCGGCGGCGCUGCGGCCCGCUCUGGGGCAGCGUGGCCGUCAUGGCCAUCGUGGCCCUGCAGAUCGCCUCCACCACCGGGCUCUUCGUCUACUUCACCAUGGCCAUCUCCAAGGUAUUUCCAUUCCAGCUCAAAGCCCAGUCACAGGGAAGUUCGGAGGAGCUGAGGUGUUUGCAGCUUAUCAACCAGCAGCAGGAGGGCUUGGACUUGGAGGAGCUGAUCAGCAACCAGUCCUGCCUCAAGCUGGCCAACACCAUCAAAGCCUACGUGACCACGGUGACAGAGAACGUUAUCCGCAGGAGCACGGUAAAGGAAGCCCAGCGGAGCUACUUCAACAGCUCGGAGGGGCAGGCUCCUCCCAAAACACCCGGCAAACCUUCAGCGCAUCUAACCCUCCGCCCACAGAGCCUGGCCCAGGAUGGAAGUUCCAAGCGCUUCGGGAACCUCUCCCAGUCCUGCCGCCAUGCCAUCGCACGCUGGGAAGACAGCACUAUCCACUCACACCUGCAGAACAUCACGUACCGGGAUGGCCGGCUGCGGGUCAACCAGGCAGGAAAGUACUACGUCUACUCCCAGAUCUACUUCCGCUACCCCAGCGACGGGGCCAGCACCCGCAUCUCUGUCCCUCAGCUUGUGCAGUGCAUCAACUGGAAGACCUCCUACAGCCAGCCCAUCCUCCUGCUCAAAGGGGUUGGCACCAAGUGCUGGGCACCUGAGGCAAACUAUGGCCUGCACGCUCUCUACCAGGGGGGGCUGUUUGAGCUCAAAGCUGGUGAUGAGCUCUUCGUCUCCGUCUCUUCCCUGGCCAUUGACUACAAUGACGCAGCAGCCAGCUAUUUUGGGGCUUUCCGGCUCGACCUGUGACAUCCUCCUCAUCCUCAUGUCCAUCCUCUGACCAAACCUGCUCCUUCCAUAGUGACUCUCCUGUGUGGCCCACAGACAGUCCUCGCAGUCCUGUUGCCUUCACCUGUGCGAGAUGGCAGCCAAACAGCCGGAGUCCAAGCCAGGGGGACGUGAUGCAGUUUAAAGCCCUCCACAUGUUGUCCCUUGUGGAGAGGGACAGAGCCAGAGGAGGGCACAGCAUGUGGCUCCCCACAGAGACCUGCUGUGGUGAGUGCUAUACAAGGGCGGACGAGUCCCACAGCCACUGCACGCCUGGCCCCUCAAAGAGUGGAGGGGAGGAAACCAAUGAGCCAGGAAGGGUCUGCUCUCUGAGGGCCAAAGAGGGACACGCAUAAAGGAUGAUUUUGCAUCCUUGGCAGCACAUGACCUCCCCAGCUCCUAUCUGAGCAUAUGGAGCAGGGAACAUGAAACAGCUGUCACACUAGCUCCAGCAGCGGCCUGCCCUGUCCGGGGAGCUGGAGGGCACACGAGGACCCUGCCAGAGCUUGGGUAAGGUUACACAGGGAACACAGAGCAGGACAGGCCUCUAGCAAGAGCCACAUCACCAAGAUGCCUUGCAACCAUGCAACAUGCACCCACCUAUCUCCCAUCCCCAGGAAGGUGAAGGCACAAGGGUCACAUCCACAACUGCACUAGCAGGACAACCCUUUGCAAGUCCAAACACACAACUGGCACAGCUGGACAUGGCAAACCAGGCUGCAAGCUGCUGAGGAGCACAGCGCGGAAGGUAUCAGGCCAGAAAUCGGGUUUAGCAGAGAGCAGCAGCGUGGUGAGUGUGGCCACAGCGCUGGCCUUCCUCCCCUCUGCCUGCAGGUACACGGGAGAGCCAGCACUAAUGGGCACCAGUUAUCAGAAAGGUAGGAAGGCAUUUCACUUCAGGCCAGUUAAAGCCUGGAGUGACAUCAGCAAUCUGCUUCAGAGGGUCAAAGAGCAGAGCCACAAAGCUGGAUUAAUUACCAGCAGAAGUGGCUGCACCUAGGCACGUGGCAGAGACGCACAUUUUUCCUGAGCCAGGUUAGACAGCAAGGCGACACGUGAGCCACAGAUAUCCCCAGUGACCCUGCACCAACAGAGGCCAGUGCCUAGUAGCUCUGGAUCAGCAUCUCCUUACCAGCCCCAAGCAAACACAGAUGUGUCGCACCAAUGAGAGGGUACAGUGCUGCCACCCAGAGCCUUAGGGAAGCUGGUCAGAUCAGGGGAAGCCAGGGCAAGCUGGAGACCUGUAAGGUUGAGGCACUCCUGGGCUGGCCAUCAGCAGGCUGGCAAAAGCAGCAGCAUCUGCAGGGCCUUGAGUGCUUCUUCAUGGCACAUAAAAAACCCUGAAAGUAAGGAAAAGUCAUCAAACUGCCCCUAUCUUCUGUUCCCAGGGAGCAGUCAGCCCUGCAGCAGCUCUCAUGGUGCCACAUGCUGGAGCCCCAGCUGGGAGGCUGCAUGUGGGGAAGGGGUAUUGCAGAGACCUGGCGCUAAGCUGAGCUGACCUCAGGGUGCCGUGAGCGAGCUGGUCCGUCCCGCGGGGCAGAGGGCAGCUAAAACGCACAGGACCACAAAGCCAAGGAGCUUCACACCAGGCCUCCCCUUCACUCCAGUCUCUUCUGACCAAGCCUCGCUUUUCUCCAGGUUUUGUUCCUCCAAGCCCCCUGGGGCCAGUGCCACCACCCUCUGGCUCUCACAUAGUUAACUGUCAGGAUUUCAGCUCAGGCCACGCGAGUCCCCAGGCAGCUGCAUUUCCCCUGCUGCUAUCUACCCCAGCGUUACGGCAGCAGUGACACCAGGGCUGCACGAGCCCAAGUGAUUGGCAGCGCAAGCCCCAGGACAGAGAAGAGCAAACCACCAUGGUCAAACUGCACGGACACCUCAGACACAGAAGGUGGGUUCGAGCAGGGCAGAACAUGAUUAAGUUGGCUCGGUCCGUGGAUGCUGGGGUGGAUACAGCCCCCUUUUGUAAUUACUUGUAUAUUCUCUGUAUCAUACUAAGACUCUUGAUGUGUACGGACACCUGACGGCAGCACAGGCUUCCAGGAACGACACAAGUAGCCCUCGCACCAGCAGGGCUGUGGGGGAGCUCAGUGCUGGUUUAAAUAAACCCUGUACUCCA